GCACUACAGCCCAGCAAAUUUCUGUUUCCUCUGGGUUCAAAUGACAGUCUGGCAUUUUAACUCAGACCUCUUUUUCCUUGCAGGAGAAAAUACUAAUAACAUGGUUAGUGGAGGGGAUUUUCAGGACUGUCCUGAGUCACAAAAAAAAAAAAAAAAAAAAAAGACAAGUUAGGGCAUUUAAGGGCAGAUACAGAGCAGAGGGAAAAGAUGAGUGAAAACCACACAAAGCUGACAGAAACAUAUGUGUAUCCAAAACACUGACGUCCAAGUACACACAUGACCAUCUACAUGUUAGAAACAAACGUUGUUAUAAGCAUGAUUACACCGAUACCUGGGUUAAAGAAAAACUAUCAGCCGAUGAAUAAAAAUUUAUGGGGACUGGAGAGAUAGUUCACAUGAUAAAGACCUUUGGCUGCUCUUACAGAGUUCCAGGGUUCGAUUCCCAAGCAUGGAUAUAGUGCAUAGACAUGCAGGCAACACAUCCAUACACAUAAGUAACUUUUAUUAAAGGCCUUAUAACAUGCAAAUCUGGCUUUCACACAGAACAGUAUAUCCUUCUGCCUGACAUGAAUUCAGGGUGUUUGGGUGCAUUUGACCUGCUUUCCAACACUUUAUUCUACUCUCUAAGAUGGUCAAGAGUCCCUGGAAUGCAGUUGCUAAGAUGUCGUCUCUGAACCUAACACUGAAAGGAGUUGGAUAUUUCUUCAGGCGGUGAAGGCACACACCUGUAAUCCCAGCACUUAGGAGGCAGAGGUAGGUGGGUCUCUGUGCAUUCGAGACCUGCCUGGUCUACAGAGCAAGCUCCGGAAAAGCCAGUGAAUCAUAAAGAAACCCUGUCCAAAGGACAAAAUAGAAAAGACAGGAAUUAGACAUUCCGUCACUUAUCAGUUCUGCUCCUGAGCUGUCAAUCAUUGUAUUUUUCCACAAACGUCAUUUCAAAAAUAGUUUUAAAAUACAGUCCUAUUAUCUGUCACUCUCGACCUAAAAACCUGACAUACAUUAUCAUGCUUCCAAGUAAUACCAUCUUGGGGAUCUUUCUCAUGUCUCAGUUAUGUGUUGGUGUCACAGGGAACUCAUUACUGUUCAUUUUGUACAUGUACACUUUCUUCUUUAAGCCUCAUUUUAAGAAGUUGAUCGAUUCGAUUUCCAUGCACCUGACAAUAGUUAAUAUGCUGAUGAUCAUAUUCACGUUGAUACCACAUAUCAUGUCAUCAUUUGGAGUACCCAAAUUUCUGGAUGACACUGGCUGUAGAGCAGUUUUAUUUGUAUUCAGAGUAUCCCGGGGUCAGUCCAUCAGUACCACCUCUAUUCUAAGCACAUUUCAAGUCAUCACCAUCACUCCCAGUAAUUCUAAGUGGGCAUGGCUUAAGCCUAAACUCUCUAAGUUGACUUUUUCUUCCUUACUCUGCUCCUGGAUCAUUAACCUGCUCAUCUAUUCAUAUAUGGUUCAAAUGGUAAUAGCCAAAACCAAUUCUACUCAUGUUGGCAAUGGAUAUUUGGAUCCUUACUGUCAAAACAAACACUUUGGGAACCAAAAUUCAGGGUCAUUUUUGAGUAUCAUAUUCAUUUAUGACCUCUUUUAUGUGGCCAUCAUGAUAUGGACCAGCCUGUACAUGGUGACUCUCCUCUACAGACACCGCAAGAGAGCCCAGCAUCUCCACAGCACAAACCUCUCCUGCCAGCCAUCUCCUGAACGCAGAGCCACUCACAGCAUCUUGUUACUGGUGAGCUGUUUUGUGUCCAUUUAUUGGUUGAACAAUGUCAUCACCCUUUUUGGUUUUUACACACAAGCAAAAAUUCCAAACUUGGAGGGAAUUAAUGCAAUUUUGGCAACAUGCUACCCAACCAUCUGCCCUUUUUUACUAAUAAAGAAUAAUAAACUUGUUUUGCUAUUCACUUCUUCCUUUUCUAUAACAAGGAUGACCUGCUUUCAAAGUGCACUCCAUGGCUGAGCUGAAACCCACACUUUCUCAUCAUUGGAAGACUGUCUUAAUGAUUUCCAUGGGAUAAAGAAUUUGAAUGUGGAACUUGAGUAACUGAUAUGGCCUUAGUUAUAAUUCCAGCAUUCUGUACUCUAUUAAAAAUCAGGUAGUUAGCUCCUGGCCUGGGGAUGCAAGCAGGUCAACUUGUCCCCUGUUGCACCCUCUCCCUGUGGGGAUCUGCUGACCAGCUUGUGACUAGGAGCUUCUAGCAAAACACCUCUUGUCCCCUCCUUCCAGUUAAGCCUGAAUGCAAGUUCCUGCUUUCUGUCCAUCCUUAUUGUCUAAAUGCUAAUUCCUGUUAUCGGCCCAUCCUUUGCCAGAGGGCCUUGGGAACCUGAGCUCCUGACCUUGGUAGUUUUUCACUGUGCCUGCUACUGAUAUUUAAUGUUCCACUCUUGUUACAAUAAAUGUCAUUCUC